UUUUACACUGAUUAGGGAGGGUGGAGAUACCAUGUGGAAGUCACAUGAACGACAAGGAUGAGGCAUAAACAAGGAGGAAACUUCAGGAGUUGAACUGCUGCACGGUUUCUGCCUCAGAGAGCGGGGUCUGCUGCUUGUAAAGUCCCACUGGCUUGGCACAAGCUUCCCCGUUUGCCACCCCCUCCGUGAACAUAUGCAAUGAACAGCACUACUCAAUCCCCUGCCAUCACUGAUGGAGAUGUGGCAGUCGGCUAUGUGCUGGUGCCGUUCUUCCUGAUCACCAUUUUUGGUAUAGCGGCAGCUGUGGUUAUGUAUAUACGUAGGAAGCGAAGAAUUGACAGGCUCCGCCACCAGUUGUUACCGGUUUACACAUAUGAUCCAUCAGAGGAGCUCAACGAAGCUGAACAAGAACUAUUAUGGAGAGAGGAGGACACAAAGAUUGUGCAAGGUUGGGCCAGAGCUUACCAACAGCGGCACACCCUACUGACUAAAGACGUCCAUGCAUGAAUGUGAUUAAAAAUGGAGAAUAUCUGCAGUGUUCCUUAUGGAUGGAGAUAACCCUCAGUGUGAAAUAGUUGGAAGGUAACAAUUAGUCACAGUCAUCAUCUCUUUCCCGUUUUUGUACAAGGUAAAGUUUAUUGUGAAAUUUUGAUUAUAAAAAAAAAAUCUUGUGUGCUUGAGGGCCACAUCAUUUGGGAGUUAUUUAUUUUAUAUUAUUUAUUUAGCUUUUUGGUUUUUCAACUUGUGUGUCAUUACUGAAGGUUAGAAUGGUGACAUCCAUCCAAAGAGAAAGAUUAAGUAAGUCUGUAGGGGCCUUGUUCUUAAGGAUUUUCAGAGUGAGGUGUGGGCCAGGGUUGAGUUUUGCCAUAUUGUCACCUGAACGCCACCUGUGAAAGUCAACACUGUUAUUGCAGAUGUUUUGUAAAUACAAUCCGUGCAUGACCUUAGUUGAUUGGUAAAGAACAGAUGCACAAGAUGAGUUGAUUAGCUAUGAAGUAUAAGCUAAUUAGGUUUCUGAGAUUAAAUAUCUUUCGAACUUCAACGUCCAAUGCAUUGUGCUGUGUUACCACGAAACAAGAGUACCAGAUUUUCCAAACACGUUUUUGAAAUUAAAACCUUAUUACCUUGAGCCACAACUAAAAAAUGGGCUAAAAUCAGGGUGGAUUUCGGUACGUAAAAAACUUUUAACUUCAGGGAGUUUAUUUUCAGCCAAAGGAUAUAAAAGCCCUCUUGGGUCUAAUGCUGUUAAAUGAAUAUAACUAGCUGCUUCACAACCUUGGUCUCUGUGUGGUUCAGCCAAACUGUAUGACUAUAUUCUAUGGCAUGACAAGCCAGAUCUGGAAGUCAUCUGCACCAACUUCCUCUCAUCCUAACCAUUGAGUUGUGACUAGUGCCCUAAAAAUGUCCUGUCUGAGAGGCAUGGCACCAGGAGGAAGUUACCUCCAGCCGAAGAAUUUUAGAUAAAUGCCAUAGCUCUGACUGUAUGAAGUACUCAGGAAAUCUCAAUCUUUUUUUUUUCCUUGUAAAAUCUUCAGACGCCACUUUGCCUUGCGUUUGUGAAUGUAGUCCUUAUUUACAGUUGCAGAUAUGUUAAACUGUACUUGAAGGACAACAACUCCCAAUAUAAUCGAUUUAAUUAAUGAAUGUGGUUUUUUUCUUGUGAUCUUAGAUAGUUGAAUCCAUAUUUUUGUGCAGAAUUUUAAUAUUUGUCUUCAAAAGGCAGAGAGCAGAGCUGUGACUGAGAUGUGUGAUGCCAUGGAGGUAAAAGUGUGGACCUGCACUAUGAAUAGCAAAGUUUAUUUUGUGGACUCAAAUGUUUUGAGUUUCUAUACCCAAAUGAGAUUGUUCUGAAGUAUCACUGUCAGUUCUGUAUGUUCACUGGAAAGCGUACCCCUGUCCCCGGAAAGUCAACCCGGGUGCUCUCCCUUUCAUCUUCACAAUCCUUCCUGUUCAUUUUCUGGAGCACAUUCAUACUUGACGAUGCCAGUUGUAUAUUUUACGUGAAAACGAAUGGAAUAGACCACUAAUCAUGUGGACUAUACCCAUUGUGUUAGAUCACCCACUGGACUUUGAGUUGCACUGUUAAAUCAAUACACGGCAAUACUUUUCAUGGGUUACUGUGGGGUGGGUGGGUGAGGGGGCAUACAUUUUUAAGAACUACUGUAAUUGCAAACUUAAAUUGUAAUUUUGACUACUCAUUUAUCAGUUUGUAUACCAAUGCUAAGACUGUUGUAAUAUUUGUUGCUUUGGACAUGAACUGAGGGGCUGUUGGCCCAGACAUGUGUUACAUGCUUAAUA